GCCCAGGCAGGCAGACCUCUCCUCACCCUCUCACACUCGGGAUGGACAGAACCUCUGCAGGGCUGCUCAGCUCCACGCCGCGAUGCUGGCUCCAGCCCUCCAUCCGCUCCUGUGGCUGUUUGGCUGCGUGCUGCUCAGAGGUACUACAGCUGCCACAGCCUCCUCCAUCCACAAUGUCACAGAUCAACCUCAAUCAACGACACGCAACCAUGAAGUAGAGAGCAAUACCUCAGAGGCUUCAGUGAAGUCAACAGCACCAUCUGACCUGAAUCUCACUCACGUGGACCAGACCACCACAACAAAAUCCUCCUCAAUCUCUCCAACCCUGCUAAUAUCAUCUGCACAGGAUGAGAAGUCCAGUGGAAGCAGAAACACAACAGCUCCAUCAACUCCAGGUGAAGAGUCCAAGAGAAGAGAGAGUCCUACAGCAGCAGCAACUCAAGGCACCCCAAGAAUAGUCACCCCAGCACUGGAAAUCUCUGUCUCUUUGCCCGUGCCUACUCCAACAGAAUACGAGUCUCCACUGACUGUGGUAGCUUUCGGUGUCAUCAGCUUCAUAGUCAUCCUGGUUGUGGUUGUGAUCAUCCUCGUCAGCGUGGUCAGCCUGAGGUUCAAGUGCAAUCGCUCCAAGGAUUCAGAAGACAAACAGAAGCCAGGGAGCUCCAUGGUGUCAGAGAGCUGCUCUGCAGGCACAAGCGAGAAGGAUAACAGCAUCACUCUGAUCUCCAUGAAGAACAUCAAUAUGAACAACAGCAUGACUUACCCACCAUCAGAAAAGGUCCUCAGGCCCUCAGAUUAUUCCAGCAGCAAGAAGUAUGAAGGAACCAGCUACUCAGCUAAAAACCUGCUGUCUUAGAUUAAUGGCCUUCACGGCCUGUGCCAGACAGCCACAGCCUUGCCAGACAGUUCAUCAGCGCAGACCCCCACCGAGCUAAACCUGUGCAUUAGAAAAGCAUGGUCUGAAGCUGAAGGCCUAAUAGGACUUCAAUAGCCAAGUGCUAGGUCAAAUCAUAGCACAGUUGCUCCAAGCCCCUUCUGCACAGUCAGGGUGACCAUGCCCACCUACCUCACAGAGCCGUUGUGAGGAGAUGUGAACCAGUGUCUCUAAAGCAUUUGGAGAGCCGGGAAUUAAAGGUGCUGCUGAAAUGCAAGCUGCCAUCUUAACGCUUCGUUAUCAGCAUCUGAGCUUCAGGCAGACUGUCCGUAUCUUCCCACAAGUUCAACAUACAGUGAAGAAGAGUUGUUUGAAGUACCAAAGAAACAACACUGCUUUGCCAGGACUUUGUCUGGGUGGUCAUAAGCAAAAUCCUGAGCUCCACCAACUCCUGAAGUUCAGCAGCCUGAGUUUGCUGGGAGAGCUUCAGUCUUCUGUACUGCUGCUUUCCCAGAGCUUCCCAAAAGACCAGAGAAGCAGACACCCAUGGUUCCAAGCACCCACACUACUGCAGCUACGAGCACCACAGAUGCAUCCCCACUGUGAUAAUGAGCACAGUGCUCUGCUAACCUGUGCAGUGCCACAGCUCACCCCAGGAGCUGGCUGGCUCACAGCCCACGCUCCUCGGGCCCAGCUGCCAAUCACUGCCUACCCACUGCAAAAUACAGCCCUAUCAGCUGAGCUACAGGCGUGAUGGAAUCAAUGCUCAGCUUCCACGUGACUGUAAUGGAAACAAGGCUCUAUUGGGAAGUUCUGGAGAUCUCAGCUGCAUAAUGCACUAAAGCACUAACUCUCCAACUGCUUUUGCCUCUGCCCGUCUUCGUGAGACUCCUGGCUUCAAGCUCUACCAGUUCCUGAGUCAGAGUCCUUGGAGCACCUCAUUUACUCGGCAGCAGUUUGCUGAGAAACUGAUUUCUCCUACCACAAGCAUCAAAAUCUAUCAGCCCUGAAGGUAAAUUGUGAAAUCAAGGAAAAAGGAUUCAUCCAAGCAGGCAAAAUAGGUAUCACUGAACACAUUCCCCUGUACAGUCCAAUGAAACAUAUAAUUUAGCUUGAUCUAAUUUUAUAGGAUGGAUACGAGACGGUUACUGGAGCACACAGUGCUAAAGGUAGCUGUGCUUUGCAGCACACAAUGAAGUGCUCAGCAUAAUAAAUGCAAUGUUUUCACAA